GCGAGGUUGCGCCUGCACAUGUAUAUGUUGAGGGGAACCCUGAUAAAAACGCGUACGAGUGUUCAGAGCUCUGCGCGUGUUCGAACUCCAGCGGCGUCUAGCGAACUUCCGUCGCUUCCGUCACGCUUCCGCGUCAGCUCCUAGGGAGUAUUCCCGCCCACAACGACACAGGCGGCACCGAGAAGUCCCCGCUUCAAGAUGGCGGCCGCAAAGUUGCCCUCCCGUUUUGCGCCGCAGAGUUUUCAUGUGGCAGUUUGCGUGUUUCUCGUUUUUUACUAUGCCAGUGUGAUAACGGUUACCGGUGAACCUUUGUCUCAAGGGAAUGACAUUGCUGUCGAAAGCCAAAACGCUCAUAUUGACAAUGUACCUCGAGCAGCGCACGCCGACCUGUCGAGAGACAAGCAGAAUGUGCUUGAGAGAGACGUGAACACCGUAAAACUAGCGGAAACCAAGGAGUGCGCGAGUGACUUGCGAGCAUUGUGUGGACCUAGCACGCUCUCAAACAAUUACGAUGUCUUGGAAUGCGUGCAGGACGACAAGCGGAUGGAAGACAGCAGUCUGUCUGCAGAAUGUCAUCAUCUCCUGUGGACAUUCAAGAGGAACUUGACGCAGGACAACCGAUUUAACAAUGCAGCGGCAAAGCUAUGUCCAAAUCUACUUGCUGCGCAUCCUGAGUGCCAACCUGGAGGUAGAGGUCAAAUGCUGGCCUGUCUGAUGGACCAUGCUGACAAUGCAAGUGAUACAGCAUGCCGAACGUUCCUCAAUCACAUGGAAGUGCUGGUGUUCAGCGACUAUCGCCUCAUCUACAAGUUUACUGAAGAGUGUGAUGCUGAUAUUCAAAAAUUCCACUGUGGACGUCUUGCAAAGACCUCCUCGGAGCCCCACUCUCAAGGGCAGACGAUUGAGUGUUUGGAGAGUGUGAGCAACCACCUGCAGGAGGCCUGUCGUGCAGAGAUCCUACGAGUGGCACGACUGCAAGGAGAAGACUUCCAUUUGGACCGUCCCCUGUUCUUUGCGUGUCGUGAUGAUCGAGACAGAUUCUGCGCAGACGUCCCUUCGGGAGAGGGCAGGGUGUACAAGUGCCUGUUUAGGCAUCGUACACACAGGGACAUGAGUGCAGCGUGUCAAGAGAAGUUACUUCAGCGGGAAAAGCUCACAAUGCAAGACUACAGAGUGAACCGCGGUCUGUCUCGCGCCUGUCGUGAUGAUAUAAGGAUGUACCACUGCAGAGACGAUACGUCGCAGCGCAGGGAAUUUCGGCUUGCUCAGAUUCUCCUGUGCCUAGAAAAUGCGCUUCACAAAGACUACCCAGUAGCGGCAGAGUGUCAUGCUGAAAUGCUGGAGCAUCGGCGUUACCUAAUGGAGCAGUAUCAGCUAACUCCUGACUUGGCAACUGCAUGCGAGGGUGACAUUACAAAUUUUUGCCAACGGAGACUCGAGCAGGGCGGCAAGACCCUUCACUGCCUCAUGAGGCAUGCGCGACCUUCUCCUAAGAAUGGAAUGAGCCACAUCUCGGACAAGUGUCGCAGAGAGGUCGAGUUGGUAUUGAAAGAGGUUGGUAUCGGAGAGGACUGGAGAGUUGACCCGGUGCUGCAGGAAUCGUGCCAACGAGAUGUAGAAUACCUCUGCCGAGGAGUUAAGCCAGGGCGAGGCAGUGUCUUGUCUUGCUUGAUGGACCACAUUGAAAACUUUCACAUGAGUGAAACAUGCAAGGAGUCCUUGCUUCACAUACAGUACUUUGUUGCUCGAGAUUUCAAACUAGACCCUCUGCUGUACCAGCAAUGCCAUACAGAAGCAGUGAAGUACUGCAGAGCUAAGAAAGAGUGGCAUGACAACCCUAGUAGAAUGGAUCCAGAAAGGGGCCCCAUUGUAUUACCAUGCCUCUACCGAUAUGCGUACCAUCCGGACCAAAGUGUGCGGCUGUCUAAAGGUUGCCUGUAUGAAGUCCGACGUGUCAUGCGGCAGCGUGCUGUCUCCAUUGAUCUUCAUCCAGAGAUUGAAGAGCCGUGCAUGACAGAUCUAGCCAGCUUGUGCAGUGACAAACUUGGCCGGGGGGAGGAAAUGCAAUGUCUGCAGCAGAACUUGGAGAAGCUUACCCAGGACUGUCGUUCAGCAGUGGCCAACUAUACAGAGGAAGAAGCGGAACACUUGGAACUCAAUUACCCACUGUACAAAGCUUGCCAUCCUGUACUCAAGGAUUUAUGUGGGGACUUGCUGACAAAGGAUGUCGACCAAGGAGAUUUGUUGCAGUGCCUCAUCAGCCACAAGAAUGAGCCAAGGAUGAAAGAAGAGCAAACGUGCCGUGCUACCCUUGAACAUUUCCAAUUGAUAUCUCUGAAGGACUAUCGUUUCAGUUUCAACUUCAAGGAGUCAUGCAAGAAGGAUGUCCUCACAUACUGCAAGCACGUCAAAACAAAGGCAGAGGUAGUGAGUUGCUUGAGUCAGCUUGUGUUGGAAGACGUCACGUCAGACAAGGCUUCAUCGCAGCCACGGGUGUCCGAAAACUGCAGGCGCCAGUUGAGAGUUGAGCUCUUCCAGAGGGAAGAAAACAUCAGACUUGACCCAGAUUUGAACACUGCUUGCCAGAGGGACCAACAGAACUUUUGUUCGAAUGUUAGCCCAGGAGAGGGCAGAGUACUGGAGUGCUUGAAGAACCAUCGUGGACAGCUGAGUCGGGCUUGCCAUGUGGCAAUUUUCCGACGUGAGAAGCUUGAGAUGCAAGACAAUGCAAUGGACUACACACUAAUCACUGCCUGCAAGUCAGCACUUCACAAGUUCUGUGCUGAUAGGCCUCGUUCACAAGCUCUCACGUGCCUAGCUGAGUACCGUUUGGAGCCAUCCUUAGAUGACCGAUGUCGUUCCGUAGUGCAAAGGCGGCUUGUCGAGCAGAAUUCAGAUUACAGGCUCAAUCCGAGGCUGCAAAAAUCCUGUCGCAUGGAUAUUGCAAAAUUCUGUUCCAACAUUGUUCUUGAGAAAGAUGGCAAGGACACAGAGCUCGAAGGAAAGGUGAUCCAGUGUCUGAAGAUACAGUUUGUUAGAAGGCAGCUGACAAAGUCUUGUGAGCCUGUUGUAAUGGGUAUCAUUCGUGAGGUUGCUCGUGAUUAUCAACUUGAUCCAGUCCUUGCAAGAGCUUGCUCUUCAGAGAUCCAGAAUCCUUGUAAGGAUGAACAUGACAUGGAAGAGUGCUUGAAGGCAAGGUUCCAGAAUAGGGACAUCAAGAACCCUGAAUGCAAAAAGGAAGUUGCGCGACUCAUCCAUGAGGGUAAAGCUGAUGUUCAGGCCGACCCAAUAUUACACAAAGCAUGCCUUACUGAUAUCAAGCACUACUGCCAUGGGCUUUCUCCUGGUCAUGGAAAUAUUCUGUCUUGCCUUUUGACUGGACUGGAGUCUGACACUGUGGUGUUGACUGACGAAUGCCGCACUCUCCUUUCCAAGAGAGUAGAAAUGUUUGAGUACGCUGCUCAGGUGGCGCCAGUGGAGUCUAUUCGCGACGUGGUUCAACAGAUAGCCAACUCCCCUUCACGCAACUAUUUCCUGGUGGUCGCCAUGGGAGCUCUCGGGGUCAUCUUUCUGGGUGGCCUGUUUUGUGGACGGAUCACUAAACGAGUUCCAAUCAGCAUGAAAAACAGAUGAAAUGCACCUUCAAAAGUGGUCAUCGCGCCUUGCAGACAUUCACGCACCAUCUGAAGCUUUCCUAGGAAGUUUGUGUUUUUACUGUGUGCUGUAUUCUACACUGUUUACAUGCCAUGGAACAUUUCUUUAAUCCUCAAAUCUUAUUGGUUCCAGAAUGAAGUGCUUCCUUAUUUGGAGCAGUUUUUAUGACAGGGUUAUAUUGACACAGUAACGCAGAAUACCUGCAAAUUUUUAUUUUUGGUUUCUGCGUUACUAACCCAGUACCAGGCCACUAGAUGUUUUCCAUUGUUCAGUGGGGCCCGAGCAGGCCCCAGUGAACAAACCUUUUACAAAUAGGUGAGGCGCAGUAAUUUUGUUCUCAUCUGUGCACUUUUGCGAGAGCUUCGAAACAGAGUCAGUACCCUGUUUGGGGGGGGGGGGAUAAUGCAAAUUUUUCCUGUUAGAGUAACGUGUGCGAGCAGUGUAAUAGAACGAUAUGUGCAAGGAAGUAAACAGAGUUGUAUAUACUGUGAAAUACGGUGAACUAUGAGAGGCUACACACUACAUGCAUGGGUGCAGGAACACAGGACUCUGUGUUCAUGUUCAGUUGUCUGUGUGCACACAUGCUGUAGCUGUGGUUGGCACAUGGCAUUAUCGAGGGUCCUUUGUUUUGGAUGUGUAUUUUUGUGAUCCUAGCUUUUCAUGAACAAGUGAAGUGUAAUUGCAGUCACGCGAGGCUUCAUCUGCGUGAGAGGAGAUUCAGUGAGUGGCAUACGCAAGUACGUAAAUUUAGGGUACUAUUGUGGCAUUGUUACCUUGGUCUCAUAUGCGAGUUUGGUUUUUUGAGGAGUGACUGGUAUUCCAUUCGACCACGUUGCAAACUAUUGUGGCGGCAUUUCUGAAGGUUGGAUAGUGAGCGCGUACGAAUUAUGGUUCGGUACUUGAGUUAUUAGGCAACAGUAAUUUUUUGUGGUGCUUUUUUAUAAUGAAUAUAAUUUUUUUUUCUGCUUCCUAACUGCCUAACUAGCAGAUUUCUUUGGCACAAAUUGUUGCAUCUUUGUUGUUGUUCAACAACGUUUCGUUGAAGUAAGGCACCCACUUUGUUGUUCCUGCACUAAACCUGCAGCGGAAGUGUUACCAGAAUAUGACAAUCUGUGUCGCAACAGUCCUUCUCCACAAUUUUGUCAGCCUCCUUUAUUAGUGAUUUGCAAAACUUUUUUUUAACAUAGAGCCAAUUCCUUAAAAAGAUUUUUUAAAUAUUUUGCAUCGUGUGGCACCCAACUGAUAGUGCGCUAGGUUUAUAGCUUUUUUAAUGUUGCAUAAGUGUAUACCUAUCUUGGGAUCAGUAGCAGACACAAAAGAGUAGUACUUCACGAAACCAUUUUGUAACGUUCUCCUGUUGUCAUACGCGUUCUCUAAAAGUUUUAAUGGUGCAUACACAAUAAAAAAAUUAAAAAAAUCACGAGUGCACAACAAACAAGGCGCGAGCUCCACAUUCUACUCAAGCGCUGUGCAGCUCUAGUCAUGAGAAUACACUCGGUGCUGCAAUUUUUACUUGUUUAAGGUGUGCAGGCAUUAGGUCACAUUCACGUGCACCAACCUUUUCCACCACCCACUCCAACAUGAGAGCUGGCGAGAGUUAGCAGGCACCACCAAUCAAAACUAGCCAGAGUUAGUGGGGGUUGGUGGUUACAUUUUUCUGGCCCAAGGUGAUUGUGCCAAAAUUGGUCACGGGUGAUAACGUUGAGUUGGUGCACGUGAACAAAUGUGAAAAAACAAGAAAGAACAUCACAAUGUUGGCUAUGAAAUGGAUGGUUCGUCUAAGUUGUCUUGUGUGAACAUAGCCUUACUUCUGUGCACCGUGCCAUGUGUGGGGAUUUCCUGGAGUUAUCGCAGUUUUCUUUUUAAUGUAUAUUUAUUAUUUACACCUCUGCAAUACGCUAAGUGCCGUAACUUUCUAUUAGGGCUGUCGUACGGAACUAAUGAACAAACUAAAAUGCAAGCAAACUGGUGGACUGUGGAAAGAGGUGACAUUUCCUUGUCCACUCCUCAAGCUCGAGAAUGUUACCUCUUUCUGCAGAAGUAAUGUUCAAAAAAUCACGCACCGUUCCUCGUUACAAAUAUAUCAACAUGUCAUAAAAGGUAAUGUGUGGCAUCUUGCAUGCUUGAUACAGUUGUGUACCAGUAGAGAAAAACUACAGUAGAACCUUGUUAAUCAUGACAUUAUAAAUCUGAUGAGGUAAAAUGUAAAUAUAUGCUGUGAGGUUACGCCUUCUUGUUUGUCACAGUGUGUCCCUGUGACAGUUUGAUGUGAUUACCUACUUGUAAUGGUGGCGUACAUCUACCUCUAGUAUCUCAUAACCCAGUGUUGAACAAAUUGACACUAUAAGUAUGCUCCAUGACUAGAAGCAUUUGGUUCAUAAGACACACAAGUGAUGAGGUUCUCCUGUAGUUCUGAGCACCAAGCACUUCUGUAGCAUUGCUACCCGACACUGUUGAAGAUAUAUGUAUUUUGUUUGUAUUCUGUCUCCCCUACAUUUGGUUCAUUUCCUGAAGUAGAUGAAGGCAUUACCUUGAGGAUGAAGAGACAACACAGAAGACAACAUGAACAAACAAACUCAUUUCCCUAGUUUGAAAGCUCUUAUAUGUAUGCCUCAAUUGGAAUCUCUUUUGCAUGUUCUUAUUGUGUUUGCAGUUCUGGUUCCCUUUUCUGUGUGAUGGAUGGUUCUUAAAAAACUAAAUCAUACACAUGGUAUGACCAUAUACAGAGUAAAUAAAUUUUUGUACCAGUC